GGGAAUUUACUGACGGCCUGUUAUGGCGGCCAUGAUGGAUUUUCUGAAAUUUGCGAAAAGUGUUUGUUUUAUUGGGACUUAUUGAGACUCAUUUGAAGUAAUGGUUAUUGUAUUAACGUUUGAACUAAUGUAUAUUUUAAUUUAAAAUUGUACAAAACGCUUCUUAGUGAAGUUUAUACUGAUUUUGCCAUCAAAAUAUAGAAGGCUCUACGUGGAUUGCUCAUUAGCAUAUUUGAGGUCAGCACGAUGAGCAAAGUAUCGUUUCGAGCUCGGGCGCUGGACGCCACGAGGCCAAUGCAGAUUUUCAAAGCAGAUGAGGUACCUGACCUACCAGAUUUUGCAACCAUCAACCGAUCUGUUCCACAGAUGCCCACGGGAAUGGAAAAAGAAGAGGAAACGGAACACCAUCUUCAGAGAGCCUUGUCAGCACAGCAGGUCUAUGGAACGUCAGAGGCUCUUGUUAUUCCAAUUCCUGAAGUUGAUGAUAUUGCUGAAAAAUAUGGUGAAACAUACAAGAAUGACUUCAAGCCCUCUAAGCAGUUUAUUCAUAUACAAGCUUUUGGAAUGGACCAGGAAAUACCAGACUAUGACAUGGACAGUGAAGAUGAAUCUUGGGUCAAUGAACAGACCAAAAAGAUGGAGAUCAAUCCUCUCAAGUUCGAGGAGAUGAUGGACAGAUUGGAGAAGGGUAGUGGACAACAGGUUGUGACAUUACAAGAGGCAAAAUUACUAUUGAAGGAAGAUGAUGAUCUCAUUAUAGCUGUGUAUGACUAUUGGCUGAAUAAAAGACUAAGACUGGAACAUCCUCUCAUCUUACAAGUGAAAACAGAGAAAAGAGAUGGAUCCACCACUAAUAAUCCUUAUGUGGCAUUUAGGCGGAGAACGGAGAAAAUGCAAACAAGAAAGAAUAGGAAGAAUGAUGAAACUUCAUAUGAAAAAAUGUUGAAACUCAGAAGGGAUCUGAAUAGGGCUGUAACUAUACUAGAAAUGAUAAAAAGGAGAGAAAAGGCAAAGAAGGAGAUGCUCCAGUUAACUAUAGAGGUCAUGGAGAAAAGAUUUCAAGGUGAAGACUUUGAGGGCAAAAUGCUCCAAGAAGCAGAGUCCAUUCGUCACAAGUUGCCAUCGUUUUUCCCUCCCAGCUAUAGUUGGGGUACCAGCACAGCGGAGGAAGGGGUCAGGAAGAAGCGAGAGUAUAAGAAGAGGAAGCAUAAGCAGACUGUUCAGCCCAGCACCCCCACUGUACAGCCCAGUCACUAUGAUAUUGAUGUUUUACAUCCAGAACCGUACAGCUCGGAUGAGGAGGGGUACUCACCGGGAACUUCACCAUCAGAUCACGAAGAUGAAAACGAUCCUGAUGGACCCUUUGCCUUCAGAAGAAGGAGAAAUUGCAAUUACUUUGCACCCAUUCUUAAUCGCCUUGGGAAUUGGCCUUGGUGUAGUCCUGAAGAUGGAGGAACAGGAAAGAAGAAUUUCCGAUACAGCCUCUGUUCAUUGUCACAACCUCCUCGAUGUAUUGGCUUCGCACGACGUAGGAUAGGCCGAGGAGGGAGGGUGCUGAUAGACAGGGCUGCCACUCGGUGGGAUGACACCUUGCACCAAAUAGACAUGACAUCAGGGUCGUAUUCAGGGAUUAUUGGGGAUUAUGUAACAUACAUUAGAGACAAAAAAAUUCCACAUUUUCGUCCACACUCUCCCACAGUGGAAGAAUCAUCUCGUGGCAGUUCCCCCCAUGCUGCUCAGGAAGACAUCACAGAAUUCAACAUGGAGAGCUUUCAAUCUCACAAAGAACAACUCUUGCAGAUGCAACGUGCACAGCAAGAACAGUUACUUAAACAAGACACUUCUGAUCUCAACAAUUCGUGCAAUGGUUUAGAACAUUCCUUUUCCUCUCAACCCACUUCCAGAUUUACCUUAGAUUCCGAUAGUGCCAAAUUUGCUGUAUCAGCAGUCAUGAACACAUCUCAGAUUCAGAAUGCGAGAUCGGGUGCUAUAUCGUCUCAAACACCAGCUGCCUCUGAGAUCAUCACCACUCCGCAGACAGUUGUCCUGACCAAUGUUGUACCAGCCGCUGUCAACACUACAAAUUUGUCCCUGCUUACCCCCACCACAAUGUUACCCCCAAUCUCUAGUGUCAUAAGUAAUGGACCAAUAGACCACAAAGACAUAAUAUCAAGUAAAACCACAGGGCUUUCAACUUCUCCAGCAGCAACAGUUUUUCAGCUUAAUUUUCCACUCAACAACAAUAAUGCAUCGCACCAUUCUCAUCUGCCCACAUCGUCCUCAUUGUCAUCUAGUCUGUCCAACGCCUUAUCAACAUCAAUCCCAAAUAAGACUGUCUCAACUGUUGGUCCAAACUUGCUCAAAUUUACACCAGGCUUCAAAAACUCCAUAUCAGAUUCAAUUCCUUCACAAAACCAUGAAGAUGUUGCAAGGUUGAACAACAUCCAUAACAUAAAACGAGAAAAGGUUGUAGCAAUGGAUGUGACAUGAGUUGUUUCCCUUAUGAUGUAAUGGUGAACAGUGACAAACUCUGUUCUGAGAAACUAGCCAGAAGUCGCAGGCCAGAACUACACAAGUUCAUCAUACCCGCAGCAGAUCCAUCGAUCGUUAUGUUCAGAGCCAUGGCAUCUUGUUCGGAUUCACAGCAUGCAAACUCUGAGGUCACAGUUUUGCAAGAUGUUUAUGAUCAUAGAAGCCCUAUCAUUUACUCUCAUGCCAUGUUGCUUUGAAAAAGGCACUUUGCACUACAGAUUACAGAAGGAACACUGUUAAUUAGCAUUGCCGUACAUUGAAUUGUUUCUACCUUACAUUUAUAAAUGUUAUAAAACUGCUUUUUUUAUAUACGCAUUAUGGAUUUCAAAUUUUUUUUUUCCAACAAAAAAUAUCCAUGAGUUUUUCUGUAUUGUGCCCAUUAAUAAACUAGCAGUUGUGUUUGAAAAUUUUAGAAAUAACAUGCAUAUAUAUCAACACAAAUCAUAAAACUGAGCUGAUGUAAUUCUACCUCACGAUUUAAAAGUGUAGAAAUGACAGGGAUACAUGUUAUUGGGGUGAAUGUAUGGUCAUUUUAGUGUGUAUUUUUUAUUUAUCAUCCGUCCAGUUCACAUUUCUGAAGGAAAAUUUGAAAUCAAAAAUUACAUUUUGCGAGUGCAAUUUUUUGUGAACCAGGUAUAUGUUCUUCAGUUGCUGUUAGGAACACUGCCAAUUUUGUCAGUAUGCCUAGAUUUUUGUCAUCGUUCAUGAAAGGAUUUUGUAAUACGAAUUACUUGUGCAAUAUUGAUUGUACUUUUUCCUCAUCCAGAAAAUGUGAAAGGGAGGGGGAUGUUCCAUUCAUGUGUGUUGAAUUGUUUCACAUUGUGUGUAAUUUUGCUAACCAAUGGCUGAGAGAACUGUAAUUGUAAAACCUCUUUGUUGAAAUGAGCUAGCUGGAUUCUAUGGUUUGACUAUAAAUAUGUUAUGCAUGAAAAAAAGAUUGGAAUUGUAUCCAUGUAUAGAUAUUUUUUUGGAUAACUAGUUCUUGAAUUUUUAGAUUGAAGGGAUAUAUAGAUGGAGAUACCAUCUAAUAUCUUGUGAUGAUAAAACCUGGUCAUUUUCUAUGUUACACAAGGAAGAGUGAGAGUUUAAUUAUAGAUCUUUAUUUAUGUUUAAAAAUAGUUUGUCUUGAAUUUUAUUGGAAGCUGAAAUCAUGUUUCAUCUGAUCUGGUUUUUUGUACUAUGACAGUGCAAACAUGAAUGCAUGAGUUGUGUGUGAUACAUGUUGGCCUAAUGAUAGCCAUGUAAUAUGCUGAUUUUGAUAUACACGAUGUGUUCAGAACUGUGAUAGAAUGUGGUGUGAGAACACCACUUUAAAAUUUGCAUUGGAAAUAAAUCUGAAUUUCCUGAC